UUUCGGUCAGAGCAGCCAGUUUCCUUCUGCUGGGAACAGAGCAAAGAGGAAGCCAACAGUACCGCCGAUGCCCCCUGCGACCGGGCUGACAAACCCAGCAGGGGAGGGCUUGCGCAGAGGCUAACAGCUCUGGGCUGCGUGGGCAGGGCAGGCGCCAGGGCCACGCAGGAGGAAGGGCCCUGUGCUGGGCAGACCACAGCAGCUGACGGGGACGGACACGGCUUUAUCUGCCUCUGAAGCAGCGCUGCUCCUUCCAUCCCGUGACUGGGUUCUCCUCUCCCCAGCACAUCGGGGCACCAGGGCCGGUGGUUCCAUUCCUGCCUCCUCCCUGGUCCCUGCAACAUGCGGACGCCGUCGGUGAUGAUCGUGGGCCUGGUGCUGGGCCCCUGCGGCCUGCUGCUGAACCUGGUCAGCACGCUGACUCCUUGCUGGAGGCAGGUGAGCAGUAUAUCCGGCAAGCCCAUUGACGUGGUCUAUCAGCAGGGCAUCUGGGAACUCUGCCAAGAGACCCAGAGCACACGCCAGCGCCAGUGCGGCCUGGCUGAUGAACUCGGCUACUUCCCCACGCAGCCAGUGCAGGUGGCCAAGGGGCUGAUGGUCUCCUCGCUGGUUGUGACUGUGCUGGGGCUGGUGGUGGCAGCUCUGGGGGUGCGCUGCUGGCAGGAAGAACCCCACUAUCUGCUGGCAGGCCUCUCCGGCCUGAUACUCUUCGCCUCUGGGCUGAUGAGCCUCAUCCCUGUCUCGUGGUACAACCACUACCUCAGCGCCCUGCCCGCGCCCACAGGCAGCACCCUGGAGGUGGGCUACAGCCUGGUGCUAGGCUACCUGGGCAGCUGCCUGGAGCUCAUCGGGGGCUUCUCCCUGGCACUCAGCCUCCACCAGUGCUGCCAGGAGUGCAGGAGAAAGAAGACAACCACCAAAUAUCCCCACCACAGCCAGCCGGGCCCCGCCACCGUAUCUUCCAGAGACUUCAUGCCCCGCAGCCAGAAGCCAGCUCCCAAGUCCUUUAGCAACCCCGUGGAUGUGCUGGAGGGAGAAAGAAGCAUCAGCCGCUCCCUGCCCUGCGACUCAGAUUUAUAGCCCUGCCAUGGCAGGCUGGGCAGAUACAGCCCCUACCAACACGGACGCGGGCAGUGCAGAGGAGCCCCUGCCAGCGAGAGGCCAAGGCUGGCAGGAAGGGGCGCUGUGCCGAGCCCGGCUAAUAGCAGCAAGGACCUCUCCCUGCCUCUGUGCAGAUGGACCCUCCUGCUGCAGCAGCUGGGGCUGAUGAGAGUUUGGGACCCAGUAGCUGGAACUGCAGCCAUUUCUUGUGGGCUCUGGACAAGAGGUGGAUAUUUCUGUGGAAGCAGAGCAAGAGUGGCAUUACUGAUGAUUUGCACAUUACUGCCUGGCCAUGGUGACUUAGUUAGCGGGAGGUGGCAGAUAAAAUCUUCAGAAACACCUAUGUGACUUAAGACCCUCCAGCUCAUUGGAAGUCAAUGGGAUUUAGGCUCCUAAGUGCCUAAAUU